AUGCGCCAAGUCUCGGGUAGCUCCAUUGAAGGUCUUAUCCAUUCCACGAUUGGAGCAGUCUUAGCCACAAAGCUUUGUGGAAAGGUUAAGCAAGCGUUAAGAAGAGAUAUCAGUCAAGGUUACUAUUGGACGGAUAGUACCAUCGUCCUUGCUUGGGUAGCUACCUGCUCUAGUAAACAGCAAAUCGAGUAG